CAAAAAUAUCUCAUCCCAAAAGCAACCGACUUUAGGGAAAUCUGGGCCCCUUUCUGUAUCUGUUUCUUCGUAAUAAUCCCAAUUUUUUAAUCAUCUCUACAGUACCCGGCAUAUUAGGGAAGAAAGAGCUCCUCUUCGAUGAUCUUGUGUAUAAAUUAAUCUUCAAAUGUUGCAGUGAAAUUGAUUGAUUUCCCAACUCUCAUGUGAUUUUGACUUCCGACGAAAUGGAUCGAUCGAUGGCAGCUGCGAAUUCGGGUAUGGAUUUGCCGAUCAUGCACGACAGUGACCGCUACGAUUUGGUUCGAGAUAUCGGGUCGGGUAAUUUUGGUGUUGCCAGGCUUAUGAGAGAUAAACAGACUAAAGAGCUUGUUGCUGUUAAAUAUAUUGAAAGGGGAGAAAAGAUAGACGAGAAUGUUCAAAGAGAAAUUAUCAAUCACAGGUCUCUAAGACAUCCAAACAUAGUUCGGUUCAGAGAGCUCAUAUUGACCCCAACCCAUCUGGCAAUCGUGAUGGAAUAUGCUUCUGGAGGGGAGCUUUUCGAUAGAAUUUGUAAUGCAGGGCGCUUCAAUGAGGACGAGGCUCGUUUCUUCUUUCAACAACUCAUAUCGGGAGUCAGCUAUUGUCAUUCUAUGCAAGUUUGUCACCGUGACUUGAAGCUAGAGAACACGUUGUUGGAUGGAAGCCCGGCUCCCCGUUUGAAGAUUUGUGAUUUUGGGUACUCCAAGUCUUCCGUGCUGCAUUCACAGCCGAAAUCGACAGUUGGUACACCGGCAUACAUUGCACCCGAAGUGUUGCUUAGGCAAGAAUAUGAUGGGAAGAUUGCAGAUGUGUGGUCAUGUGGGGUGACGUUAUACGUUAUGCUCGUUGGUGGCUACCCUUUUGAGGACCCUAACGAACCAAAAGACUUCCGAAAGACUAUACAUAGAAUUCUUCACGUUCAGUAUUCAAUUCCGGACAAUAUUCAGAUAUCCCCGGAAUGUCGGCACCUCAUCUCGAGAAUAUUUGUUGGAGAUCCCGCACAGAGAAUCACGAUGGCGGAGAUAAAGCAGCACGUUUGGUUUCUAAAGAACCUCCCUGCAAAUCUCAUGGAUGAAGAGAAGAUGAUGAACAACCAGUUUGAAGAGCCCGAUCAGCCAAUGCAGAGCGUCGAUGUGAUCAUGCAGAUCAUAUCGGAGGCCACCAUUCCACCUGUUGGCCUUUACGACCUCGAUAUGAUGGACGAUGAUCUCGACGAUUUCGACUCCGACCCUGAUGAGCUCGAUAUCGAUAGCAGUGGCGAGGUCAUAUAUGCGAUCUGAUGACCAAAUUUAUAUAAUUAGUGUGUGUUAUCUUAGUUUCAUGUACGUAGAAUCAUUUGUCGGUUGUGCCACAGGAGUCGGGUUGUGGUUUUUGUAUCUUGGUUGGGUCCUCUUUCCAGGGCUGGCUAAAUCUCGGGCGAUAUACACUUUGUCACAUGAGUUGUAGAAUUAUCGCUUGGGAUUUGGGCAUUUCUAUUGGGGAGAAGGACCCGACCUUUUUGUAUCAUCACCGGGGUCGAAUAUGUACACCGACUGUGGUUUUUUGUAUCUUAUGUAGGCCUUCUUUUCAUAACAGAAUGACCAAAUCUCGAGCGUUGUACAAUUUUUACCGCACGUAUUGUGAUGUUCUUGCUCCCGAUUCUGGUGUUUCUGCUAGGAAAAAGGGUCUGGGGUUACGGGUUUUGUAGGUUCGCUAGGCUUUCCACUGGGCAAAAUGACCAAAUUACUAGUGAUGCACAUGGUUUUUGGCAUCGUUGCUCAGAAUUUGGUCAUUUUGAUCUUUUUCUCGGUGAAAUGAACGAGUUCUGAUUAGGGUGAAAAUUGAUCAAAAUGUGCUGUAUGAUUUGUUCCUUGUUCGGGGUUCAUACAUUUUCUUGAUGUCUUUUAGC